UGGAAAUAGCCGAGUUAACAUGGCAGCUUUCCCCACGUGCGAUUUCUUCAGAUGUUGACAUUUUCUCGCAAUGCAUUUUAGAAUAUAGAAACUGCCGCAUUAGCGGCUUCUUGUGCGCAGAGUUCAGCAACUGUUCUAAGUGUGCAUCAUGGCUGUGAGUUCUAUGGACAGUUUUGAGGAAGACAACAAGUUCUUUAAGGGUUUGUUGGAUAUGGUACCAGCCCGUGUUCUUCUUGAUGAAGAAACAAAGAGGAAGAUAAGGGGAGAAGAGGAGGAAGAAGAGGAAAGUUCAAGUCAGCAUGGCUCAAAAAAGAAAGGGAAGCAGGAAAAAAAGAGGAAAACUAAAAUUGACCCGUUGCAGAGAAAAACAGUUACCCAGCUGCAGGAAGAACUGGAACAGAGAGAAGGACAGUCAUUCACUCAGCUGAAAAAGAGUAAACACAAGAAAAAGCAGCCAGGCACUGACCCAAAGUUCCGUAGCAUCACCCAUGACCUUGAGGAGCUGAGGUCACGGCUACAGGCUCGUAUCUCCGAACUCUCAGGGAAGAAGAGCAAGCUGACUGACAAUGAGUCGAAGGAGAAGAUAAGGCUCAUGAAAAAGAAUAAGAAGUUGAAACUUAAGUUAAGAAAUGCACAGAAGCAGAAUAAACACAAAGGUGAACACAGGCAGCAGACAAACUCUGAUGAUUCCCCGUCUCUGUCGGAGCCACUGAUGGUCUCCGAGAAACCUGUGUAUAACAAGGAGGGGAAACUUGUCUUCAGUAAGUUUGAUUUCACAGAUUCAGGGGAGGUGGAAAAUCCAAAGACAGAUUUACGGGCCAAAAAUUAUAAAAGACUUUUGGAAAAGCUAGAAAAGCGUAAAAAGAGUGCUGAGGAGGUGCGUGAGAAAAGUGUUGAUGCUGCACAAAAAUUGGAGGACAAGACAUUGUGGAAGACAGCUUUGUUAAAGGCAGAGGGAGAGAAAGUUAAGGACAAUGAGAAACUACUGAAGAAAGCAGUGAAACGGAAAGAAAAAGAUAAACAGAAGCGUCAGAAAUCCUGGGAGUCACGGACUCAGCAAGUAGACCAGGACAAGAAGAAGAGGCAAGACAAGAGGAAGUUCAAUCUGGACGCAAGGAAAAAACAAAAGAUUGAAAAGAAAAAGAAAAAGUCUGUUAAGAAGGGCAGACUCAUUCCAGGGUUUUGAUAUUGUAUAUUUGUACAUGAAAAUAAAAAUAAGUUGUACAUAUUCAA